GGACCAGUGCGGAGGCUCGGCUGCGUCCCUCCCUGGGCUGGACAAUGGCCAGAUCCCUUUCGCGGGAGUUUUCCCGGGAACGCGUCAGCCUUCCCUCGUGUAAAGUGCUGGGGGCACUUGGGGGGCCUUCUGCCCGGGGGUCCCGCCCUCGGUGUCCUCCCCUGAGGCCGCCUCAGUUUCCCCUCCCCGCCAGCCCGGCCCCACCGCCCCGGGCGGCCCAGACUCCGCCCGCUUGCCCGCCGCCGGCCCGGCCCCCGUGACGCCGCCUCCGCCCCAAACUUUUUCCUGCCCAUCCCGGCGCGGCCGGCCAGGAAUGGAAAAUGGCGGCCUAGGAGCGGACCCCGCCGCCGGCCGGCCAGCCCGCGCACUCGCCCCCCGCCUAUCCGGCCACCCCGGCUAUCCGGAGCCCGCGCAUCAUGAGCCGCUGGGUGCCCACCAAGCGCGAGGAGAAGUACGGCGUAGCUUUUUAUAACUACGAUGCCAGGGGAGCUGAUGAACUUUCUUUGCAAAUCGGUGACACCGUGCACAUCUUGGAAACGUUUGAAGGGUGGUACAGAGGAUAUACUUUGAGGAAAAAGUCCAAAAAGGGCAUAUUUCCUGCUUCAUAUAUUCACCUUAAAGAAGCCAUAGUAGAAGGAAAAGGCCAACAUGAAACAGUCAUCCCUAGUGAGCUUCCACUGAUCCAAGAGGUAACCACCACCCUGAGGGAGUGGUCGAUAAUAUGGCGGCAGCUUUACGUCCAAGACAACAGGGAAAUGUUCCGAAGCGUCCGACACAUGAUCUACGAUCUCAUAGAAUGGCGGUCCCAGAUUCUUUCUGGAACUUUACCCCAGGAUGAACUCAAGGAGCUAAAAAAGAAGGUCACUGCGAAGAUUGAUUACGGAAACAGAGUUCUGGAUUUGGACCUGGUUGUCCGCGAUGAAGAUGGAAACAUAUUAGACCCAGAGCAGACCAGUACCAUAAGCCUCUUCCGAGCUCAUGAAAUUGCCUCUAAGCAAGUAGAAGAAAGAUUGCGAGAAGAAAAGUCUCAAAGGCAGAACAUUGACAUUAACAGACAAGCCAAGUUUGCUGCCACGCCCUCGUUUGCUUUAUUGGUCAAUUUGAAGAAUGUUGUUUGUAAGAUUGGAGAAGAUGCAGAGGUGCUCAUGUCCCUCUAUGAUCCUGUGGAAUCCAAGUUCAUCAGUGAAAACUAUCUGGUCCGUUGGUCAAGUUCAGGGUUACCCAAAGACAUAGACAGAUUACAUAAUUUGCGAGCAGUGUUCACUGACCUUGGCAGCAAGGAUCUGAAAAGGGAAAAGAUUAGCUUCGUCUGCCAAAUCGUCAGAGUUGGGCGGAUGGAACUCAGAGACAACCACACCCGCAAGCUCACCUCCGGCUUGCGGCGACCUUUUGGCGUGGCAGUGAUGGACGUCACAGAUAUAAUCAAUGGGAAAGUAGAUGACGAAGAUAAGCAGCAUUUCAUUCCAUUUCAGCCGGUGGCGGGGGAGAAUGAUUUCCUGCAGACUGUUAUAAACAAAGUGAUCGUGGCAAAAGAAGUUAACCACAAGGGACAAGGAUUGUGGGUAACAUUGAAACUUCUCCCGGGAGAUAUUCGCCAGAUUCGUAAAGAAUUUCCUCACUUAGUGGACAGAACCACUGCAGUUGCUCGGAAAAUGGGCUUUCCUGAGAUCAUUAUGCCCGGUGAUGUUCGAAAUGAUAUUUAUGUAACUUUCAUUCAAGGAGAUUUUGAUAAAGGCAGCAAGACCACAGCUAAGAACGUUGAGGUCACGGUGUCUGUCUAUGAUGAAGAUGGAAAGCGAUUGGAGAAUGUCAUCUUCCCCGGGGCUGGCGAUGAUGCCCUCUCUGAGUACAAGUCUGUGAUUUACUACCAAGUGAAGCAACCUCGAUGGUUCGAAACUGUCAAGGUGGCGAUCCCUAUUGAGGAUGUCAACCGCAGUCACUUACGGUUCACGUUCCGUCAUCGAUCUUCCCAGGACUCUAAGGACAAAUCUGAGAAGAUCUUUUCCUUAGCCUUUGUGAAGUUGAUGCGAUACGAUGGGACGACUUUAAGAGAUGGAGAACACGACCUCAUCGUGUACAAGGCGGAAGCAAAGAAGCUUGAAGACGCCUCGACAUACCUGUGCCUGCCGUCGACCAAGAUUGAGCUGGAGGAGAAAGGCCACUCAGCCACAGGGAAGAGCAUGCAGAACCUGGGCAGCUGCACCAUCAGCAAAGACUCCUUCCAGAUCUCCACUCUCGUUUGCUCGACGAAGCUCACCCAGAAUGUGGAUCUCCUGGGCCUUCUGAAAUGGCGCUCCAACACCAACUUGUUACAGCAGAAUUUGAGACAGCUGAUGAAGGUGGAUGGAGGAGAAGUGGUCAAGUUCCUUCAGGACACCCUGGAUGCCCUUUUUAACAUCAUGAUGGAGAAUUCUGAAUGCGACACGUUUGACACGCUGGUCUUUGACGCUUUGGUGUUUAUCAUCGGGCUGAUUGCAGACCGGAAGUUCCAACAUUUCAAUCCUGUUUUGGAAACCUACAUUAAGAAGCAUUUCAGCGCCACACUGGCCUAUACGAAACUGACCAAAGUUUUGAGGAGCUAUGUGGACAGCGCCGAGAAACCCGGGGUCAACGAGCCGCUCUACAAAGCCAUGAAGGCCCUCGAGUACAUCUUCAAGUUUAUUGUGCGCUCCAGGAUUUUGUUCAACCAAUUGUAUGAAAACAAGGGGGAAGCCGACUUCAUGGAAUCCUUGCUGCAGUUAUUCAAGUCCAUCAAUGACAUGAUGGGCAGCGUGUCUGAUCAAACAGUCCGAGUCAAGGGGGCAGCCCUGAAAUACUUACCCACGAUUGUCAAUGAUGUGAAAGUGGUGUUUGACCCUAAAGAGCUCAGCAAAAUGUUUACAGAGUUCAUCCUCAACGUGCCGACGGGCUUGCUGACAAUUCAGAAACUCUACUGCUUGAUUGAGAUCGUUCACAGUGACCUCUUCACCCAGCAUGACUGCCGCGAGAUCCUGCUCCCCAUGAUGACAGAUCAGCUGAAGUAUCACCUGGAGAGACAGGAGGACCUGGAGGCCUGUUGUCAAUUACUCAGUAACAUUCUGGAGGUGCUCUACCGGAGUGAUGUGGGACCCACACAGCGACAUGUCCAGCUCAUCAUGGAGAAGCUGCUUCGGACUGUGAACCGGACCGUCAUCUCCAUGGGACGGGAUUCCGAGCUCAUUGGCAACUUUGUGGCAAGCAUGACAGCGAUUCUAAGACAAAUGGAAGAUUAUCACUACGCCCACCUGAUCAAGACUUUUGGAAAGAUGAGGACUGAUGUGGUGGACUUUCUAAUGGAAACAUUCAUCAUGUUUAAAAAUCUCAUUGGCAAGAACGUCUAUCCUUCCGACUGGAUUAUAAUGAAUAUGAUGCAGAAUAAAGUCUUCCUGCGAGCAAUUAAUCAGUAUGCAGAUAUGCUCAACAAAAAAUUUCUGGAUCAAGCCAACUUUGAGCUACAGCUCUGGAACAAUUACUUCCACCUGGCUGUGGCUUUUCUUACUCAAGAAUCUUUACAACUGGAGAAUUUUUCAAGUGCAAAGAGAGCCAAAAUCCUCAACAAGUAUGGGGACAUGAGGAGGCAGAUCGGCUUUGAAAUCAGGGACAUGUGGUACAACCUAGGUCAACAUAAGAUCAAGUUCAUCCCAGAGAUGGUGGGUCCAAUCUUGGAGAUGACGUUAAUUCCAGAGACGGAGCUUCGCAAGGCAACCAUCCCCAUCUUCUUCGACAUGAUGCAGUGUGAAUUUCAUUCUACCAGAAGCUUCCAAAUGUUUGAGAAUGAGAUCAUCACCAAGCUGGAUCACGAAGUGGAAGGUGGCCGAGGAGACGAACAGUACAAAGUGUUAUUUGAUAAAAUCCUUCUGGAACACUGCAGGAAACACAAAUACCUCGCCAAAUCGGGAGAAACGUUUGUCAAACUUGUGGUGCGGCUGAUGGAGAGACUCCUGGACUACCGGACCAUCAUGCAUGAUGAAAACAAGGAGAAUCGAAUGAGCUGCACCGUCAACGUGCUGAAUUUCUACAAAGAGAUCGAAAGAGAAGAAAUGUACAUAAGGUACUUAUACAAGCUCUGUGACCUACACAAAGAAUGUGACAACUACACUGAGGCAGCCUAUACCCUGCUGCUGCAUGCCAAGCUGCUCAAGUGGUCCGAGGAGGCAUGUGCUGCCCAUCUUACUCAGCGGGAUGGGUACCAAGCAACUACCCAAGGGCAGCUCAAAGAUCAGCUGUACCAAGAAAUCAUUCACUACUUUGACAAGGGCAAGAUGUGGGAAGAGGCCAUUGCCUUGGGCAAAGAACUCGCUGAACAGUAUGAAAACGAGAUGUUUGAUUACGAACAGCUCAGCGAGCUGCUGAAAAAACAGGCCCAGUUUUACGAAAGCAUUGUCAAAGUGAUCAGGCCCAAACCUGAUUAUUUUGCCGUCGGAUACUAUGGACAAGGAUUUCCCACGUUCUUGAGGGGCAAAGUUUUCAUUUACCGGGGAAAAGAAUAUGAACGUCGGGAAGACUUCGAAGCGAGGUUAUUGACCCAGUUUCCAAAUGCUGAGAAGAUGAAGACGACGUCUGCCCCCGGAGAUGACAUUAAAAACUCUCCUGGCCAGUACAUUCAAUGCUUCACCGUGAAGCCCAAACUUGACUUGCCGCCGAAAUUCCACAGACCUGUUUCUGAGCAAAUUGUGAGUUUCUAUCGUGUCAAUGAGGUGCAGAGGUUUGAGUAUUCAAGACCUAUCAGAAAAGGAGAGAAAAAUCCUGAUAAUGAAUUUGCGAACAUGUGGAUAGAGAGGACCAUCUACACAACGGCCUAUAAGUUACCCGGGAUCUUACGAUGGUUUGAGGUCAAGUCCGUUUUCAUGGUGGAAAUCAGCCCUCUGGAAAACGCCAUCGAGACCAUGCAUUUAACCAAUGAGAAGAUUAACAGCCUGGUUCAGCAGCACGCGGGCGACCCCAGCCUCCCGAUUAACCCCCUCUCCAUGCUCCUGAACGGCAUCGUGGAUCCCGCCGUCAUGGGCGGCUUUACCAACUACGAGAAGGCCUUCUUCACAGAGAGAUACAUGCAGGAGCACCCAGAAGACCAUGAAAAGAUUGAGAAACUCAAGGACCUCAUCGCCUGGCAGAUUCCGUUUCUGGCAGAAGGGAUCAGGAUUCAUGGAGAAAAAGUCACCGAAGCGUUGAGGCCGUUUCAUGAGCGGAUGGAAGCUUGCUUCAAGCAGCUGAAAGAGAAGGUUGAGAAGCAAUAUGGGGUCCGGACCAUGCCCUCGGGGAUGGACGACAGACGAGGCAGUCGCCCGCGGUCCAUGGUGCGCUCCUUCACCAUGCCCUCCUCCUCCAGGCCCCUGUCAGUCGCUUCAGUCUCUUCGAUGUCCUCAGAUAGCACCCCUUCCAGACCUGGCUCUGAUGGGUUUGUUCUGGAGCCCCUCCUGCCAAAGAAGAUGCAUUCGAGGUCCCAGGACAAAUUGGAUAAGGAUGACCUUGAUAAGGAGAAGAAGGACAAGAAGAAGGAAAAGAGGAAUAGCAAGCACCAAGAGAUAUUUGAUAAAGAAUUUAAACCCUCCGACCUUUCUCUGCAGCCAGCCGAGGCAGUGAUCCUUUCUGAAACGAUCAGUCCACUGAGGCCUCAGAGACCAAAGAGCCAAGUUAUCCUUGUUGGAAAUGAACGGCGUUUCUCAGUGUCCCCGUCACCCCCGUCCUGUCAGCAGACGCCUCCUCCCAUCACCCCCAGGUCCAAGCUGACUUUCAGUCUGCAGUCAAGUUUGGAGCUGAAUGGGAUGCCGAGCUUAGAAAUGGCUGAUGUUCCCCCGCCUUUACCUUUGAAAGGCAGCAUGGCAGAUUACGGGAACCUAAUGGAAAAUCAAGACAUGAUGAGCCCGACAACCCCUCCACCCCCGCCCCCACAUCAUCGGAAUCUGCCUCCUCCAUUGCCAAGUAAAACUCCGCCCCCGCCUCCUCCAAAGACUACUCGCAAGCAAACUUCCGUUGACUCCGGGAUCGUGCAGUGAGAGUGAGCGGGCCUUUCUCCAAAGAUCGAGCUGUACCGUUUUGUCUCCCUGAAUACGUCUGAAGUCUGCUGUUUACCUCACUUGGGCCCGCCGCGUCUAACGUUUAGUGCAGACGUUCUGAUGGAAAAGAGUUCCUGGCUAACAACGGAGCAGGCUUCUUAGUCAAAACCAAACAGAAAUGGCACUCAAGUAAAGCUGUCCCGGGCCCAGGGGGCAUCAGCGGGCUCCUAAAAGAUCCUGGGCCUGAUCAGGGCUGGGAACAUCUGUGUGGCCAGGAAGCUCUUCCCCAGGGAGCCCUCUCUUCAUACCAAAUGACUCGUAGCAGACAAGCUGGGGGACCCCAUCCAGCAGGAAGGACACAUGCCCCUCCGUAAUUCUGCAGGGACUGGCAUGUGCAGGAACCACAUAGCUCCCAAAGUGAAGAAUGCUCAUUGAUACGAUCGUAGGACUUAGAGCCAGAAGUACCCUUAGAGAUCAUCUGAUUGACUGAGGCUCAGAAGGGGAGAUGACUUCUCCGAGGUUGGACCUCGGGCUUAGGGCCCAAAUUCCGGUAGAAUGAGUGCCAAUUAAAACAGAAAACAAAACUUUCUUUUCUUUUUUUGCUCCAAGUGAAGGGGUUUCUUAUCAACUGACUAUAUUUUAAUUCAUCAACAUAUCAAGCUCCUCCCCUUUCACAGCAGGUCCCCCAUUCAGUCUGAUGUAAUUUAAAAUAGGAUAUAUUUCAGCUACUGAACAGAUACUAAUUUAUAAGGGGCGGGGAGGGGAACAUCAUUAGAACUUACUGGAUCUUUUUGGGAAAAUCAAUAUGGACAAUAGGAAGAUGAAGUUUUUCUUUUCUUAAAAGAAAAAGCCUAAUAACAUGCAUAGGUGGAUUUGAUUAGCAGAAGUCUUUUUGUCCUAUGUCUUCAUUCUGUACAGAAAUGUGUAUAUAUGAUGGGGCUUAGAAUGUUUUUAAUGUGGAUGGUGCCUACUUCUAUAAGAGGUAUCUCCAAGUGAUUCCCUGUGUGUGUUCAUAAUUUUUUAACUGCUAAAAAUGUAUAAAUAACAUUUUUUAGAAUUUGGAAAUUCUGAAAAUAUUGGAUCAUGGUUAAGAAAUAUGGAGACUAACUUUUUACUUCCUAAUUUUUUAUUCUGCCAACUAUAUUUUUUUUACUCGCUACAAUCAUUAUGCUCUUGACGUAGAUGUCGUAAAUGUGUCACUGACUCCCAAGAAUAAAACAUUAUUUAAA